AUGAAGGCUGUGGGAAUUUUAGGUGGCGGAGUAAGUGGAUUAUCAGCUGCAUAUUAUUUGAAGAAAAGUUCACAAUCCUCUAUCAAACUGUUUGAAGCCUCACAAAGAGUGGGUGGCUGGAUAAAAUCAUCUCGUUCAGGAAAAGGACACAUUUUUGAAAAUGGUCCUAGGACACUCCGACCUAGAGGUGAAGCAGGUGAAAAUACAAUAGAAAUGGUAUAUGAACUUGGUAUAGCUGAUAAAAUUAUUUUCAUUCCAAGAAAUCAUCCAGCUGCUCUUAAUAGAUUAAUAUAUGCAAAUAAUACUUUACAUAAAUUACCUUCAGAUUUAUUAUCAUUGUUGAUUACAAAACCACCUUUCAGUAGACCCCUUAUAAGUGCUUUAAUUAAUGACUUAAAGGCAUCAAGGAAAGAAAUUGGAGAUGAAAGUAUUUAUGAUUUCACCAAAAGAAGAUUUGGAAAAGAAAUUGCUGAAUUCGCAAUUAGCCCUUUAAUUUGUGGAAUAUGUGCAGGAAAUGCAAAAGAGAUCAGUGUAAAAUUUCUAAUGAAGAACUUAUUUGAAGCUGAACAAAAACAUGGAUCAGUUUUCAAGGGUUUAUUAAAAGAAGGUUUGAAAAAGAAAAAAAACAAUGAUGUGAAAUCCAAAAAUGUUCUUGCUGAGAAAUGUAAACAAGAGAAGUGGAGCGUUUAUUCUUUCGAGGGAGGUAUGGAGACAUUACCCCUAGCAUUAGCAAAGGAAGUUAAAAAACAAGGAACUGAAAUUCAGUUCAAUGCUAAAUGCAAGGAAAUUACAUUCCGCUCAAACAAAGUAUUUCUUUCUUUUAGUGACAAUGACUAUGAAUUUGAUCACGUUGUUAGUUCUUUGCCUGCACAUCAUCUUGCAUCAUUAUUGAAGGAGCAACAUCCCCAAUUAAGUAAAGAAUUAGGUGAAAUCCCAUUUGUUAAUGUUGGUGUUGUAAAUUUACAGUUUCCAGGAAAUGUUUUGAACAGAGAAGCUUUUGGGUUUUUAGUGCCACCUUCUCAAAACUUGCCCAUAUUAGGAAUUGUGUUUGAUAGUUGUUGCUUUCCUGACCAAGGAGAUACAGUUGUCACUGUAAUGAUGGGAGGACAUUGGUUUGAGAAGUUCUUUGGGAAAAGUCCAUCAUCAGAAGAUCUUCUAGAAGUUGCAGUAAAACAGGCCAGUUCGAUCUUAGGAACUCCUAGUAAACCGGAGUCUCAAAAUGUGUCCAUUCUCCAGCAAUGUAUUCCUCAGUAUGUGAUCGGCCAUCAUGAUAGAAUUGAACGAAUACGUUCCUACAUUCAGACUCGAGACCUUCCAUUAACACUGUGUGGUUCUUCCUAUGAUGGAGUUGGUGUCAAUGAUGCAAUACUAUCUGCUAGAAAAGCUGCCUUAUGUUAA